AUGUCAAUCGAUAAGUCAUGGAUUGGAAUACCACAAACCACGCAUGAGUAUAAAGAUGGUUUAAACAAGUUUUUGGAUUUUGCUUUUGAGCAUCAGUCUCUCGUGGGUCGGCAGAUUAAAUGUCCUUGUCCGGUGUGUGGUUUUCGCAAGUGGAAAACAAGAGAGGAAGUUUUUGAACAUUUAAUAGUCAAGCCAUUUCUAGAAAACUACAAAGUUUGGUAUUGGCAUGAUGAAGAAGCAGUUAGAGUUGAGUCACAAGUUCAUCAAACUAGUCAUAUUGUACAAGAUGAUUCGACAUCUCAGUAUCCAACGGUAACAAUGCUCAAUGACGCGUUUGGAGUCGCUGGAUCUGACUUGAAUGAAGAUGGAGUUGGAGAUGGAGAUGGAGGCAAUACAGAAGAUGGAGAUGGAGAUGAAGAGCAUAGUGGAGAAAAUGUAGAAUUUUAUAAGUUGGAGAUGUGCUUAUACAGAAUAAGCGACAAAGCCAUGACCGAAAUCCUCAAGUUAAUAAAAGAUGCUUUUGAAAAUGCCAAGAUUUCAAAUACAUUCUAUGAGGCCAAGAAAACCAUAAACAAACUAGGGCUUAAUUAUACCAAGAUACCAGCUUGCCCUAAUGACUGCAUGUUAUAUUGGGGGGAAGAUGAAGAUUUGCAAGAAUGCAAAAGAUGCAAGACAUCUAAAUGGACCGAUGCUAAAAAGAAGAAACCGACUAAGAUAUUGCGAUACUUUCCACUAAAACUGAGACUUCAACGAUUAUUUAUGUGUUCUAAGACUGCUGAAUCAAUGCAAUGGCAUGCUUUGGCAAAAAAGAAAGAUUCAAAGAUGAGGCAUCUGCGGGAUUCUGAAACUUGGAAGAUAUUCAAUUUACUUCAUGAUAGGUUUGCCGAAGAUCCUUGA